AUGAAAGUCUUCUCACCCGUGCUUUUGUCUCUCUCUGCUGCUUCCGCGCUCAAUGUCGGGCCCGACUAUGCACACCCCAUCGAAGACCUCGACAAGGACCUCCCCUUCUCCCAGCCCGUGACAUUCGCCCAUCUCGAAUGGCAACGAUGUCUCGCAUCCUCCCACACCACACCCCUCGACAUCGCCAUCCUCGGCUUCCCCUACGACACCAGCACCUCGUACCGCCCCGGCGCACGCUUCGGACCACGCGGUAUCCGGGCGGGGUCAUCUCGCGAAAAGAAAGGCCGCAGUUACAACACCAUCUACGGCGUGGACCCCUACUCCAGCGGCCUCAACAUCAUCGACUGCGGCGACGUCCCGAUCACGCCGUUCGACGCCGCGCACGCCUUCAAGCAAAUGGAGCAGGGAUACCGCCAGGUCCUGUAUCACCCUACAAACACCACGUCGGGCAAUGGCUGGCCCCAUCCCCGCAUCAUCAGCCUCGGCGGCGACCAUUCCAUCGUGUUACCGAUCCUCCGCUCGCUGAAGACUGUCUAUGGCCCGAUUAGCGUCAUUCAUCUAGAUAGUCAUCUGGACACGUGGGAUCCAUACGCGGGGUACACGGGCAUUGUGUCGGAGCAGUCGGGGGUGACGCAUGGGACGUUUUUCUGGCAUGCGAGUCGCGAAGGGUGUAUUAGUAAAGGGACGAGUGUGCAUGGGGGGCUCAGGACGAAGUUGUUCGGCGAGAUGGAUUAUGCGAUUGAUAGUGAGGAUGUGGGAUUUCAUCGGAUCGAGGCGCAUGAGAUUGAUGAGGUUGGAGUGGCGGGGGUGGUGGAGAGGACGGUGGAGGUGGUUGGGAAGGAUAGGCCGGUGUAUUUGAGUAUUGAUAUUGACGUUCUCGAUCCAAGCAUCGCUCCCGCCACAGGAACUCCUGAGUCAGGAGGCUGGACUACGCGCGAGCUGAAGCGGUACAUUAAGGGAUUGGAGGAUCUUAAUAUUGUCGGAGCUGAUGUUGUCGAGGUGAGUCCGCCGUACGAUUCGGUAGCGGAGACAACCUCGGUCGCUGCGGCGGAUUUGAUCGUGGAUAUCCUAGCGGCGAUGGUGAAAAAGAAGGAAUAUACGGGGGUGACUUCUACGGAGAACAGUGAAGAAGUACUCAAGGAUGAGCUGUGA